AGCCGCUCACAGGGGCUGCGGGGGUUUGACCGAGUCAGCGGCGGAUAGGGAAGCCUCGCCACAGAAUAAAACAUCACAUUCUCUCAGUGCACAGAGAGUCAAAACACAAAAAAUACAUCCCUAUUUAAACAAAAAAAAAUACACGCGCAAGAAGCCGCAAAAGGAGCGUAACCAUGAUCCGUUUCAUCCUUAUUCAAAACCGUGCUGGCAAAACCCGUCUGGCUAAGUGGUACAUGCAGUUUGACGACGAUGAAAAGCAGAAGCUCAUCGAGGAGGUUCACGCUGUUGUGACUGUUCGUGACGCGAAACAUACCAACUUUGUGGAGUUUCGAAACUUCAAGAUAAUCUACCGACGCUACGCUGGCCUCUACUUCUGCAUUUGCGUGGACGUCAAUGACAACAACCUGGUCUAUCUGGAAGCUAUCCACAAUUUUGUGGAGGUUUUGAAUGAAUAUUUCCAUAAUGUCUGUGAAUUAGAUCUUGUCUUCAACUUCUACAAGGUGUACACUGUGGUGGAUGAGAUGUUCCUAGCGGGAGAGAUCAGAGAAACGAGCCAGACCAAGGUGUUGAAGCAGCUGCUGAUGUUACAGUCCUUGGAGUGAAGUACAAAGGGAUGCUUCAGCGACAGAUAGCAGCUAUCUCUACCCAAGCUCCACUGGUGCAAGUGUGUAGGUGUGAGUUACUUGUAUGUAUGCGUGUGUGUGUGUGCGUAUGUGAGAGAGAGAGAGAGGAAUGAAUGGAAACUACAGGGAACAAUGAAGUUGACCGGUAACUGCAGGACGAUGACCACUUAGCCCACCUUCAACAUCUCUGUCACAAGUUAAUCUGGUCGUACACCACUCCCGUGCUUCUGGCUGUCUUGACUACUGAUUAAUCGGGAUUCCCCCAUACAUUCCUGGAUUUUGAACACAGCCCCGACAAGUUGACCUCAGAACCAGACAACACUUCAUUCCAAAGGACACAGGGUUCUGGAGUAAUGUAGCGGGUCAAGCAGCAUCUCAGGAGACCGUGGGGAGGUGAUGUUUCAGAUCGGGACUCGGAGUCCGAAGAAGGGCCACGACUUGAAACGUCACCAGAGAUACACACAAAAUGCUGUAGUAACUCAGCGGGUGAGGCAGCAUCUAGGGAGAGAAGGAAUGGGUGGCGUUUCGGGGCUCCCCCAUUCAUCCUGCGCAGAUCCCCCCCCCAUCCAUCCUGUACUCAAGAAGAAUGGGGGGAACAGUCAGAAGAAAGGUCUCGACCCGAAACGUUGCCUAUUUCCUUCGCUCCAUAGAUUCUACCUCACCCGCUGAGAUACUCCAGCAUUUUGUGUCUCGAUUUUAUCCGGCAUCUGCAGUUCCUUCUCACACGUCACCAGAGAUGCUGUUUUGACAAAGGCUCGAGAUGGAGCCCAACAGGAAUAAAUAGUUGCGAACUGUCAUGGUUCUAAUACCUAGCUGUGAAACGUCACCUCUCCAUGUUCUCCAGACAUGCUGCCUGACCCACUGAGCUACUCCAGCACUUUGUGCCCUUUUGUGUAAACCAGCAUCCGCUAUUCUUUGUUUCUGUUAAUACUUUAUUUCGAGCAAGCCAGCUCGAUAAGUCUAAAAUAUAAUACAUAUAUAAAUACACUACAUCGCCCCUGAUGUGGACCAAGCACCAGAUUGAGGAGUCCCUGGAAGAACACCUCACACAUAAAUGUGUAGUCUUUAAUUAAAAGCUGGUGUUAAUUAAUUAGAAAUUAAUAUAAAAGCAAAAUGGAAUUUUAAUAUUCUGUCCUCUGUUACAACUGCCCAUUUUCCCGUGGCUGCAGACAGCACCUCAAGUCAUUCAUACCAACACCAAUACACUGGUAGGAGGAACUGCAGAUGCUGGUUUACACCAAAGAUAGACACAAAAUGCUGGAGUAACUCAGCGGGACAGGCAGCAUCUCUGGAGACUGUGGGGAGGUUACGUUUCGGGUAAGGUCUGAGUCUGAACAAGGGGCUUGAUCCGAAAUGUCAUCUAUUCCAUUUAGAGUCGGAGUCAUAUAACGUGGAAACAGGCCCUUUGGCCCAACUUGUCCACACCGGCCAACAUGCACUAGUCCCACCUGCCUGCAUUUGGCCCAUAUCCCUCCAAACCUGUCCUAUCCAUGUACCUGUCUAACUGUUUCUUAAACGUUGCGAUAGUCCCUGCCUCAACUACCUCCUCUGAUGUUCCAUACACCCACCACCCUUUGUGUGAAAAAGUUACACCCCCCCCAGAUUCCUAUUAAAUCUUUUCAUCUCCACCUUAAACCCAUGUUCUCUGGUCCUCGAUUUGCCUACUGUGGGCAAGAGAUUCCAGAGAUGCUGCCUAACCCUGUGAAUUAUCCCAGCAUUUUGUGUCUAUCUCCAACAUACUAGUGAUGGGACCAAAUUUGAACAGAGUUUCUCGCAAAAGGAAUCUCAUUUGAAAUGUCAUGGUGAGCAAAGUACCAACAUGUUGUGUAAGAAAAGGUGAUGUUCUGAAGAAGGGUCUCGACCCGAAACGUCACCUUUUCCUUCUCUCCAUAGAUGCUGCCUCAUCCGCUGAGUUUCUCCAGCAUUUUUGUCUACCUUCGAUUUUUCCAGCAUCUGCAGUUCCUUCUUAAACAUGUAGUGUAGGAUCAUCAGUGACAUCACGGAAAAGCCAACGUAUUUUUGACUUCUGCACCUUUUUCUGUGUAGAUAUGUUUGGCUUCACCUUGGUUUGAGGAAACCAAGUUAUUUGCCCCCAGAAUCAUUGUUACUUCUAGUUGCUGCUGUCAAAGAGUUUAUUACCAAAACAUCUUUGGCAGGGAACUCGGAUUGCUGUAUCUGGAGCGCAAUGUCUGUGUAUAUUAUCCACUACCCAGGCACAAGUCCAUUGUCUUUCAAUUCUAUGGCCCAAAAAUAUAUAACAGUAGAGGGGAAGACAUUCAGUCUUACAUUGAUAAUUUAGUUCUAUAUUUUAAGGAUGGGGAAUUUCCACAAAUAUAUCUGACUGUCCUUUCAUUUUCUCCCCCAUCAGAUAGUGUAAUGGAUGCACAUGGCCAGAAUGUAGACACAAAAUGCUGGAGUAACUCAGCAGAACAGCCAGAAUUUAGUAAGCAGUAUUACAUUGAAGGAAAUGCAGAUGCUGGUUUACAGCGAAGAUAGACACACAGUGCAGGAGUAGCUCAGUGGGACAGGCAGCAUCUCUGGAGGGAAGGACCCUGCCAUAUCUCUAGUCUCCCUCUCCCCUGACUCUCAGUUGAAGAAGGGUCUCGAUCCAAAACAUCACCCAUUCCUGCUCUCCAGAGAUGCUGCCUGUACCGCUGAAUUGCUCAGCAUUUUGUGUCCAUCUUCGGUGUAAACCAGCAUCUGCCGUUCCUCCCUAGACAUCUGGACAGAUGUUGUGUUUAUCUUACAUUGUGGAGGACAGUAUUUUAUAUAUAAUUAUCACAUGCAUGUCUGGUUAUUUUUUAAUUCCCACUUUCUAACCCCCCUUCCCCCCCCCCAACUAAAAUAGGAAAUACGGUGUGUGAUAAUUGCUCCUCGUAAUAAAAAUACUUACAGAAAUGUACAAGGGGACCCACUGUAGAAGCAAUUUGCUUUAAUCCAAUGAUCAGGUCUCUGAACAAUAGUUACACGACUGACUGUCGACUUGUUGCACACAAAUGUUAAUUAGCAACAAAGCUUCUGGAUUUACGGAUAACUGCAGCAAUGGAAAUCCUUCCAGCUCAUCUCACUUAUAGAAUAAAUUUAAACAUCGACUGAAGAGCCACUCGGUGCUGUUCUGAUUUGUUUAGUGGCAGCUCUGAUCAGUAGCGACCUGCACUUGGGUGAAAGCAAAAUGUUCCCAGAUGGUGUUUCUUCUUUCUUUUAAAUAACAUUAGCCGAGCUUUCUUUUAUUGCUUUUGAAUGGAGUUGAUACGUCUGGAGAGAUUUCACUUUCACUUCUUGAGGCAAUGUGUUGUAAUCCUCGAUAGAAACGUCCUGUUAUGUGGAGGCAGUAACUUGUCACAAUAAAUGCUCGAAGUGGU